AUGGCUCAACCUAUACAUUUCAACCCGAAUUGUUCGAAAUUCUUUCGAACUUUGAUUAUUAUUGUUAUUAGUUUAUCACUCGGUUUCUAUCUCGCAUCUUUUGAACGUGUUGAAAAAGUUCAAAAAUUGUCUUCUUCGUCGAUUAAUAUAGUCGAUACAACUCAACCUUUAACAAAGAACAUUACGUGUGUCAAAACCAAAAAUCUAUUUGAUUUAUAUAAUUCAACAAUUUGUGUACAUGACAAUGAAGAUUAUGUUAGUAAAAUGGUUCGUAAAAAUCACAUUUGGGAAGAAGAUUAUAUUGUUCGUAUAUUGAAAAUACUUAUUCGAAAUCCAAGUUUAGAUAUGAUCGAUAUCGGAGGUAAUAUUGGCACCUAUACAAUGUUUACUGCAGGAGCACUUGGUCGUUUUACGUUAACAAUUGAAUGUUUUAAACCAAAUGUUGAACGUAUUGUUCGUGCUGUUCAGAUAGAAAAUGUUCAUAAUCGUGUUGUUAUUGUUCAUCAUGCAUUGUAUUCGAAAUCAGGAGAAUAUAUUCAAUUGUCUCAAGGAUCUCCUUCGGGAUUGCAGCUUCAAAAUGCGAUUUCCAAAAACUCCCUGAAUGAAUAUAUUGUUCAAACAGUUCGACUUGAUGAUUUACUUCCUAUUCUAAUUCAACGAAAUGUUCGUGCGGCGAUUAUUAAAAUUGAUAUUGAAGGUUCGGAAGUUUAUCUUUUAGAAUCAGGACGAAAAGUUUUUCAACAAAUCGAUAUUCAAUUAGUUAUGAUGGAAUGGGGAGAUGGUUUACGAAAGACUUAUGCAGAUCGCUAUGAGAAGAUUGUUAAUUAUUUUGAAGAAUUACAUUACAUUACGACAGACGUUGAUUGUAAUAUACUUGAUGUGACGAACUGGCGAACAACAUGGCCAGGAAAUGUUUAUUGGAUCAAAGAAAUUCAUUUUAAAAAGAGUAUUUGUUAG